AUGGACGACGCCGAGCUCGUCGCCUACGCGCGCGACAGCGCCGCGGCGCACGACUUCUACGCCCUGCUCGGCGUCGACGCCGCCACGCCGCGCGAGGACGUCCACCGCGCCUGGCGCCGCAAGGGCCUCAAGUACCACCCGGACAAGGCGGGCGCCGCCUACGACGCGGCCAAGUACGAGCUCUUUGAGCGCGCGCGCAACGUGCUGACCAGCGACGCCGCGCGCGCCGCCUACGACGCCGCGCGGUCGGCCGCGCAGCACCGCGCGGCCCAGGCGGACCUCAUGAGCGCCGAGCGGCGGCGGUUCAAGGACGAGCUCGAGGCGGCCGAGGCGCGGGGCCAGCAGGCGCGGCAGCAGCAGCGGCAAGAGGGCAGGGAGGCGGACGCCGAGAGGGAGCGGCUGCGCGAGGCCGGGCGGCGGCGCAUGGAGGAGCGGGAGAGGGCGGUCCGGGAGGCCGAGGAGCGGGAGAGGCGGCGCGAGGACGAGCGCAUCGCCGAGAUCGAGAGGAAGCUGCGGGAGAAGGAGGAGAAGAGCCGGCGGCGAGCGGAGCGCAAGGCCAGGGAGAGCGGCGUCGGCGCCGGUGACCAAGCACCGACCACUGCCAAGGUGGAGGAAGCGCAGGCCGGCGUUCCUGUUCCGCCUGUCGCAGACCCCGAGUGGAGGAAGCUACUAGGCUCGCAGGCCACGCCGUUCGACAAGCGGCCCAUCUACACCUAUACCAUCGCCCGCAUGAAAGCCGCUGAGGCAGGGCGGCAGGAGAAGCUGGCGUCGCAGGGCACCCCGGCGCAGCCGUUCGUUCCGCAGUGGGACGAGGUCAAGGACCCCGAGGUGCGCAGGUUCAUAUCCAGGGUGCCCAAGUUCGGUGCGCCGCCGGCAAGCGAGGACACCACCAUGACAUCCUGA